AUGACAGGGCUCUCCAAGUCCUUCAUUGUGAUUUCUUUGGUAAUCCUACAAGCUAUUGUAUUCUUCUUUUCUUCCUCCUCUAUUAAAAUAGGACAGUCUUUUUCUUUAUUAGUGUGACGCUUGGAGCGGCUUCUGAUUCUCAUGGCUCUGUGGAGGAGGUCUUUGAUGUCUUUAGGCAAACAAGAUUUAUUUAGUGAAUCUUGAGAUUUGAAUUUCUUCGAAAAGAUCCCUUUCUUUGGGACAUGCAGGGUAUUGUUGUUAGAUUUUGAUCCACUAAUCAAGAAUUGUCCAAAAACUCAUGGUCUAGCUGUAGGAAUCGCUUUAGAGUCCAAUUCGGCUCUCAGUCCCGAAUGGGACAUAUUUUUAUCAAUAUUCGGAGAUAAGCGAACUUUUGAUGCAAAAGCAUCUUCUUCUACAACCUCCUGAGGUAAAUUUUCUUCUGAAUUGCCAAUUUUAUCCAUAUUUAUAAUAUAUCAUUCAAGCUAA